AUGCUUGGUUUUUUCGUCCGUGAUGGUUACGAGUCACGCCGAUCAGUAUUUGCAAGGGCAACUGCGAAACUUCACGAUAGGCGGGUCACGAUGGACAACGUGCCGCCGGAGUACGCUUUUUUGGAGGAGGGAACGUCCUUCUUGCAGCACAUGAGCCCAGACCUGCACAUUUAUUACUCUCCAGAUGUUAUAGCAGUGAGUUUUACGUUAAUAAGGCCUGUCGUUUGGGGCUUCGUGCCUUGGUUGCUGAUGGGGUCCACGACCUUCAGCCGCAGAUCACAAACAAGCGUGGGCAACUUUACACCGUGCACGGAGAAAAACCAACGUAUUUAUGAGCGGAUCUUUCAAGCAGUGAGGGAUGCCAUCAUCGCAGCUGGCGGACCAGAAGACAUACGAAUUGUAUUGGACUUUGAGAAAGCCGCCAUUAACGCGGCCAGGAGGUGCUUCCCAAGCGCAUCAGUAGAGGGGUGCGCUUUCCAUUUAGCGCGCGCGUGGAACAAGCAAAGAGAUGAUCUUGGGUUGCUCCCGCAGGUAAGGGGGACCCAACGGUGUAGGAGGAUUGAAAGCUGGUGGAACACUAUAAAGGGGCUCAUCUUUUUACCACCAACCUACACCGACGGGUCCCUGCGCGCUUCAAACCACCUGUUCCUAGGGGACAUAGCGCGUAUGAUUUUGCGUGCAGUUUCUCGACUACCUUCAGCGCCAUUGGUACGAGGGCCCUUUCAGGGACAUGUGGAACAAAUGGAACAAGAAAAAGAACUUGGAGUUGUGCUUGGAGUGAGGUAUCCCCCUAUGGCAGACCUCAUUAUCGCACUGCACGGCUUUGUGGGGAAAGGCAAGAGGAACACCUCGACCACGGCUGACCGGAGGAGAGCAGAACCGAAACGUGUUCGCCCAGAGGAUGUCCAGCGACGUCGUCGCGUAUCCAGAGAGAUGGCCCGCUUCAAAAUCGUCCUUCGCCGCAACGCCUUCAUUCGGACCACAACGAUAACCACUUACUGUCGAAGAAUGUCCGAGUUCAUCACCGAACAGUCGCGUACAUAA